AUGCUCCGUUGUCACGAUUCGGGGCAGAUGGGGGAGGGAAGUGGGGUAAGGGGAAGGAUCACUAAAGUUUUGUGGCCUCGUGAAGGUCCUAUUGAAGCCUGCAGACUACUACAUCCGAGCUGCGAUCGCGAAACAAGCGAAGAACAGAGCGCGCGUCCGGCGGUCGUCGUCGGGAGACCGGGAGACCCGAAGGGAUUCCGCGUCGAUCCGCUUCUUCCGCCUACGAAGGGACCAUACGCAUGCGUUCGGCCACCCGAUCGUCGAGAGCUGCCGCGGCGGCUCGCGGACCGAAUGGCAUUCGUCGGCUUCUCGUGGCGGAUGGCUUCGUCUCCCGCAUCCGGAAGCCAAUUCGACCGGGGUCAUGCAUUCGAGAGAAGAGGGAAACGAAUCCGUGGAUUCCCUGCCUCACGUGCCUCAGACCGCGAGGAGUGCGUCGACCGCGUCGGCCGCGUCAUCGCCGGAGCAGACAGGAGUCGCGAUGGAAUGGAGCUUGCGUCCGACGCGAUUCCUCCGCCGAUCGCUUACGAGGCGAGUCGACCGCGAAAAGAUGACGAAGGAGUUCCAAGGAAGCAAGAGGACAUUGAGGUGAUUGCAGCCAAUGAGGAGGUGGCUCUAUAUCACUCCUUAGAUCCUCCCGCAGGGAUGAGCUUGGAAUCACUUGGAAUGCUUCCCACUAUUCGUGAUGGGAGUAGGGAGGCGCCCACGACCGAAGAGAGCCUCGAGACGUACGGAUCGGUUGGAACCCAGUCGCACCAGUCAGACUCGGGUCCGACCGAGACGGGCUUGUCGACGCAGACUCUUGGAACUGCGAUGCGUUCGUUUCGAACGAUCCAAAGUCGAAAUGGGAAACCACGGAGAAGCACGUACGCCGUGAAAGACGACGGGAAGUCGUGCGCGGUGAUCCUUUCCGACGGAAGCGAGGAGUCGUGUGAGAACGCGACGGAACCGGCUUCCUUCUCUCGCGUUCUGGACGAGGAGGACCCCGAGAAGACGUGCUACCUCAACGUCUCCCUUCCUUUAAAGAAGAGGGCUUGGUUGUGGCAGUGCACUGCGGUCGUCAACUCCACUCAUCUCAUCUCCAACAAUUCUAUCGUGAAAUACCUCAAAGAAAACGUGUCGGGGAAGGACCUUCCAGUGACGAGAGAUGGGAAAGCCGAGAGGGCGUCCGACCAGAUCAUCAGGGUGUCUUGGAGGCAGUCCGCCAUCGGGGACUGCAUAUCGAAGUACACCAUCGUGGCCCACCCGGCCAUCAGCAUCGAGGCGAGCUUCCAAGACGCAGAAGUGGAAGGGGACGACGAGACCCUCCGGGCAUCCCUAUCCGUAGUGGACGAUCGCCCACCUCCUAUGGGACACUUAUAUUUUCCUCAACGAAGCAGCUGUCACUGCUUCAAUCGCAUAUCAUUUUAA